AUGGCUUCUGUGGCCUUGGUUGGAUGCACGGGUAUGGUGGGAGUCCAUAUCCUAAAUACCGCUCUUGCAAGCUCUUCCAUAUCUCGUAUUGAUACAAUCUCUCGUCGUACCCCUGAUGCCGCCAGCUCCGCCCCCCAGGCGAAGCUCACUACAUUCGUCUCGGAAGAUACCUCUCAAUGGCCCAAGCAGAUCUCCUCCCUGACCCCACCCCCGGCUAUAUUCUUCUCCUCCCUCGGAACAACCCGUGCUGCUGCCGGUGGGUUCGAGAACCAGUAUAGGAUAGAUCAUGAUCUGAACGUUGAACUGGCCCGUGCCGCGCGCGACGCAGGGUCCAAGGUGUACGUUUUAAUCUCAUCCAGUGGCGCAAGCGCCACGUCUUCUAUCCCGUAUAGCCGCAUGAAGGGGGAGGUUGAAGAGGAGGUCAAGGCACUUGAGUUUGAGAGGACUGUUAUCCUUCGUCCUGGAUUGAUUGCGGGACCAAGACAAGAGAGCAGGCCUUUUGAAGCCGGGGCCCGCUACUUUGCUAGUUUUCUUGGAAAAGUGCAUCCUAGUCUCAAGAACGCCUGGGCCCAGGAUGCAGAUGUCAUUGGGAGAGCUGCUGUUAAUGCAGGUCUUAAAUCGCUGAAUGGCGAUGUUCCAGCUGGUAGUGAGAAGGUCUGGGUUUUAAACGGUAGUGACAUUCUUCAGUUGGGACAGAAGGAGUCUUCUUAA